CCGGUCCCAGCAUUCCCCUACUGCCGUGGGCACUUUUUUUCAUAAAUCAUCACAUUGCCUUACCCUAAUUCUCUCUUCUCCUCCAUCCUUUGGAUUCCAAACAAACCCCUUCAUCAACUUCAUUCUACCCUAAUUAAUUUUCUAUAUAUAUCAAUAUACACCCUUUCCUCAUCUCUUACUCUUCUCAUACAUAUCCUACCUUAUAAAUAUACACAAACCAAGUAAAGGUUUGGAUAAAAAGAGAGAGAGAAUAUAUAUCAUUAUAGCUUAUCUAUCUUAUCCUUCUCCUUCUUCUCUUCUUCUUUCAUUUCUUGUUUUUGUAAACCUAUCUUCAUAAACAUGUCUACCUGCAGCAUCGAUGUUGCAACUGAACAACUUUGCUACAUCCCUUGCAACUUUUGCAAUAUUGUUCUUGCGGUGAGUGUUCCAUGCAGUAGCCUAUUUGACAUUGUGACCGUUCGAUGUGGUCACUGCAGCAAUCUAUGGUCUGUUAACAUGGCCGCCGCGUUUCAGUCACUUUCAUGGCAAGAGCAUCAUCAUCUUCAGGCACCUAGUCACUGCAUGAAUCCAGAGUAUAGGAUUCGCAGCGGAUCCACUUCCAAAUGCAACGAUAGAAUUGCAAUGCGUACUGCACCAACCACUCAUCUUACUGAGGAAAGGGUUGUUAACCGUCCUCCGGAGAAGAGGCAGCGUGUACCUUCUGCUUAUAAUCAAUUCAUAAAGGAAGAGAUUCAGAGGAUCAAGGCUAAUAAUCCUGAUAUUAGUCACAGAGAAGCUUUCAGUACAGCUGCAAAGAAUUGGGCACAUUUUCCUCAUAUUCAUUUUGGGCUGAUGUUGGAGACCAACAAUCAGGCUAAGAUGGAGAAUGUCUCUGAGAAGCGUUUGAUGUCAAGGGCUGCGCUAAUGAACAAAUGAAAGCUAUAAUGUUGAAUCAAUUUCAAUUAAAUGUGUCAUGUAAACAUUGUCCUCACUUUUGAUGAGUUUUAAGGGCAAUUAACUCUUUUUCUUUCUUAGUUCACUUAAUUUGUCACUGCUUACUACUUGUGUAACGGAUGCUUUACUUAAUAUAUCAAGCAACAAUGCUACUUUCCCUUCUCAUCA